AUGUUGUCAAAUUUGGGGGAAGUUCUAAAUGAGCAGAACUCUUCUGGGGGUUUUUGGUCAUCACUUAAAAUAGGGAAAUUUGUAUCUUUCAUUGUGUUUUUCAGUUUUACAGAAUUUUUGGAUCCAUUCCAGCGAGUGAUCCAGCCAGAGGAGAUCUGGCUGUACAAAAAUCCUUUGGUGCAAUCAGACAACAUCCCUACACGGCUCAUGUUUGCAAUUUCAUUCCUCACGCCACUAGCAGUCAUUUUUGUGGUGAAAAUAAUCCGUCGAACAGACAAGACUGAAAUUAAAGAGGCUUUCCUAGCUGUUUCCUUGGCUCUAGCUCUGAAUGGUGUCUGCACAAAUACUAUUAAAUUAAUAGUGGGAAGACCGCGUCCCGAUUUCUUUUACCGCUGCUUUCCAGAUGGAGUAAUGAACUCUGAAAUGCACUGCACAGGUGAUCCAGACCUGGUCUCUGAAGGCAGAAAAAGCUUUCCAAGCAUCCACUCUUCCUUUGCAUUUUCAGGCCUUGGCUUCACCACCUUCUACCUGGCUGGGAAGCUGCACUGCUUCACGGAGAGCGGCCGAGGGAAGAGCUGGAGGCUCUGUGCAGCAAUUCUGCCCCUCUACUGUGCCAUGAUGAUUGCCCUGUCACGGAUGUGUGACUACAAACAUCACUGGCAAGAUGCUUUUGUUGGAGGGAUCAUUGGCCUCAUUUUUGCUUAUAUUUGCUACAGACAGCACUACCCUCCUUUGGGUAAUACAGCCUGUCACAAAUCUUAUGUCAGCCUGCUGGAUCAGAACUCAGUGAAGAAAGAAGAGAGACCUACAGCAGACAAUGCUACUGGGCUGCCUCUGGAGGGAAUAACUGAAGGUCCCGUAUGA